AUCACUGGAGUGUAACAGUGACAUUAUCAGCUGCAGUGACAGUCAUUACACAAUGCUUUAAAGCCACCACUCUCUCAAUAAAUUGUGCAUAUGAAUCAGCCCUAUAUAUACCCACCAUGUGACUGAUCUGGAGCUGCAGCAGCUGCGUGCCCGCCGCUUAUAUGCAUAGCCUUUGCAGGAUCAAGAUGCAGUUUCGGACUGUGCUGGACGUGAAAGUGGUGGACGUGGAGAAGAGGCGCAGUCCGUCCAAGCACUACGUUUAUGUCAUCAAUGUAACUUACUCUGACAACACUUCCCACAUCAUCUACAGAAGAUACAGCAAGUUCUUCGACCUCCAGAUGCAAAUCUUGGACAAGUUCCCAAUUGAGGGAGGGCAGAAAGACCCCAAGAAGAGGAUCAUCCCAUUUCUCCCAGGCAAAAUCUUGUUUCGGAGGAGCCAUGUUCGAGAUGUGGCCAUGAAGAGGCUGCGCUUCAUUGACGACUAUUGCAGGGCGCUGGUCAGGCUUCCUCCUCAGAUUUCUCAGAGUGAGGAGGUGCUGCGCUUUUUCGAGACCAAAGCUGAGGACGUCAACCCCCCCGUGGAGGACUAUGGAUCCAAGCGCAAGUCUGUGUGGAUGUACGGCUUCACCGACAGCCCCAGGAAAGAGGCUUCAGGUAUUGACAACUCGGAGCCGAUGGUCCUGGAGCAAUACGUAGCAGUGGCCAACUAUGAACGCCAGGAAAAUUCGGAAAUUAACCUAAAAGCCGGAGAGACAGUGGAUGUCAUCGAGAAGAGCGAAAGUGGCUGGUGGUUUGUGAGCACUUCAGAGGAGCAGGGCUGGGUGCCGGCCACAUACCUGGACUCUCAGAGCGGGACCAGAGAUGACCUCGACCUGGGCACCUCCCGAACUGGAGAAGCGCUUAGUCUGCAACCGGACAGAGCAUUCAACACCCACUCAUAUGACCUCCCCUACCUCUGCACCCGUAAACACAACACAUAA